UGCGUCGUUGGCCGAGAGCCUCAGCCAACCGCAGUUCUCUCCCCAGGCACAGCACUACAACACGGUGUCAUACGACAGCAACAACAGCAACGACAACAACAACAACAACAACAACAACAACAACACCCCCGGGGGAACACCAUACGCCCCCACCAUGGAGCAUACGCAUGCUGACACACCCACACCGAUGCAUGUACACGCACCGUCUCCGAUGAACAUAGGUGACUAUGAGCAGCAACAGCAGCAGCAACAGCAACAGCAGUAUUAUCCGCCGAACGGAGCCCAGCAAUAA